ACAUAGGGAGGUACUAAACAAACCUGCCACCAAGUGGAAAGGAAAAGUAGGGUUGUUACUAUAAAUGGAACGAACAUAUUACAAAUGUAACAUAUUGGAAGCGUUGUUGUGGUAUGUGGAAACGUGUGCUGAAGGCUCGAAGUCCUCACGCAGGAGCCCAUAUUGGACCCUGUAUCGGCGUGUGAUCGGCAGUAAACCGUCGAGGGGGGGGACUGCCGCUUUGACGACUCGGCUCUUUACCACCGCCGCCAGUUGAGAGGGGAAUCAAACGUGCACCCCCGCCCCUUCUCUAUGUGGAAGUAGGAGAACGCCAAAGGCACGUUGCAGUGUUGCUCGGCGUCUACGCCCACUUCGAGGUGCUGCUGCUGCUGCUGCUGCUCAUUUUCCUUCUGGAAUAAGGCUCAUCGCACCAGGCAGGGAAGCGGCAGGGCAGCCAGGCAGGGGAGGGCGAGACCGGGACGAGGCGAGUGCCAUCAGCGACAUACAGCUCGUCAGACAAAUGAUGGUGCCUUGCUGAGGGAAAAAAACUAACAAAAAAAAACAUCCAGGCCGGGUUUCUUCGCUCUCUCGCUAUCUAAGCCUGCUGUUAAUUUUUGGGGGUGUCUUUUUUUUUUUUUUUUAAGGGAUUUUACCCACCAUUCAAGCUACUAGCAAGACUGGGAUUUGUAUCACUUGACUGAUUUAUCGGAGCUCCAACCUGCAGAGGAAAUCGGAGGUAGCUCUCGUCGCCGCCUGGUGCCUCGACGCUGCCGCAGAGCGACACCCCCACAACGGCUCGGAUCGUUAAAGCCCACCACUGCACCUGGACAACAUUGGAGCCGCCGUGUUGUCCGCAGCUAAAUAACGCAAACGUGCCACGGUGUGCUAUUUGCCUGUAUGAUGCCGACGCAUUUGCGUUUCCGGAGAAGGUCAUACCUUGGGCUUUUAUUCCUUUUCUCGCUUUCAACAUCGGCGCUCUAUUUCAUCUACUCCGCUCCUGGAAUCGUGAAUGAGUAUGUGUUCAUGGUCCAAGCCAGAGGGAUCCAGAUCAGAGAAAAUGUGAAAAACAUUGGAGCUCAGGUCCUGGAGCAGGUGGUGCGAGGUGCCUACAACAUCAAUGGCACAGAUUACUCCUAUGACUUCAACAUGAGCGAAAGUGAUGCUCCUCCCACUGCAUACCUUCCUGAGGACUUCACAUAUCUCCCCUCACAAGUUUGCCCUGAGAGGCUGCCCUCUAUGAAAGGUAGGUUGGAAGUGAAUAUGAGUGAAGUGUCGUUGGAGGAUGUGGAGAGAUCAUUGAUGGAGCAAGAGUCUACUAUUGCCUCAGGAGGCUACUGGGAGCCCAAAGACUGUUUACCCCGUUGGAAGGUGGCAAUCUUAAUCCCGUUCAGGAACCGACCCGAGCACUUGCCCAUCCUCUUGAGACAUCUGGUGCCAGUGCUACAGAAACAGAAGCUCCAGUUUGGCUUUUAUGUUAUUGAGCAGGCUGGCACGGAGCCAUUUAACAGAGCAAUGUUGUUCAACGUGGGCUACAAGGAGGCCAUGAAGGACCUGAAUUGGGACUGUCUUAUAUUCCAUGACGUUGACCACCUCAUGGAGAAUGACAGAAACUACUAUGGCUGCACGGACAUGCCCAGACACUUUGCGGUCAAGCUUGACAAGUAUUCCUACAUGCUUCCGUAUAAUGAGUUCUUUGGCGGUGUCAGUGGCAUGACGGUGGGACAGUUCAAAAAGAUUAAUGGAUUUCCUAAUGCAUUCUGGGGCUGGGGAGGAGAAGACGAUGACCUUUGGAGCAGGGUGCUGUAUGCCAAUUACACCGUAAGCAGACCACAUGGAGAGCAGGGGCGCUACAAGUCCAUUCAACACCACCAUCGCGGAGAGGUCCAGUUCCUGGGAAGGUAUAGUCUUCUCCGCCACUCAAAGGAGAGGCAAAGAGUGGAUGGUCUGAACAACUUAAACUACUCCCCCCUGGUGUCCAGGAGACCUCUCUACACCAACAUCACCGUCAGCUUGAGCAGAAACCUUGCACCUGUAGCCGACUACUGAUGUAGACACAGCUGGACUGAGAACCACCUGGGAAUCAAAAAGUUCUCUGGACGUCAGCCAUAUCUCACCAGUUGCGCACUGCUGAAACGCGUUUUAUUUGAUUCUUGCUGUAUUUCUUUUGUGGGUAUGCAAAAAAAAAAAAAAAAAAAUUUACGAAGACUCAAAAUGCUCCAAAAAUGUGUUGGAUAAAACAUAUAAGACGAUAGGGUUAAUGCUGCACUUGUUUGUGCCACAGUCCAUCACUCCACUCAUCUGGGCUUAUCUUGUCUUCAACGUCCACAUGCCUUUUUUCACCAUUUUGGCCUUCAGCAUCCAUUGAUUCACUAAUUGAUACGAAGAUAUCUCAUCCCUGCGAUAUCAUUUACAUAUGUUUCAUAAAACAGGCCGUGAAACUCACUUGCCACUUAUGUACGCACGCAGCAGUUCUGACUCGCGAGGUGAUGAUGAUGCCGUGGUCUCUUAUUUUUUAUUUUUUGCUUUUGCACAUCUUACACAAAUGCAGUAGUCCGGUAAAAAAAGAUUUUAAAAAAUUGCAUGUACCCACUCACAUGCACACACACCUUUUACUGCGUGGAAGCUUGCAGCUGGUUCUGCAAAAGGUAUGCCAAAAUUUACAAGUGACGAGAACGAGAGAAAAUUCUAUGAAGAUUGAGUGAGUGUUUUCAAUCAUCUAUAUAUGAGAUAGUUUAUGCUAAAUUUAGAAUAUAUUAAUAUCUUGCUCAUUUUUACAACUAUAUUUUACCCUGUGAACAUACCAUUCGAAGACUGUGAUAUUUGUGUUGUUGCUUUGGAUGUACCUGGCUGCCAGCGAGUGACUGUGUGUGGGAGAGCAUGGCUCCUCCUGAUAGCAAUAAGCUGUAAUAUCACACAGGUUCAUUUAGACUGCCUCAUGAUACAGAUGCAAUAGCACAGGUGCUACAAUAUCCUUGCAUUUGACAGAGCGGGAAAGACUGCAUAUGCAUACGUUGCAUUCCUGGCACCUUUUCCCUAAGUCAACAUGCCACCCAGUAAAGAACAAUGUCUUUUGGGAACCUGUCUGUAAGUGGGAUGGUGAGAGCUGAUGCAAAUAGAUAGUUGUUGUCAUGUAAUCAGAAUCAGCGUGACGGGAUUGACUUAAGACCUCAUUUUGUUUGCGGCGUGUAAUCACAGACCUGGGAAUGAGAAAUUGUUCUGUCACCUCCAUUAUCAUACGUGUGAACCGGAGGUAUCGGACUUGAUUGCUGUCACUGUCCAGAUGGUGUUUACAGAAGCUUUUGAUUUGUUAUUUGUUAGAUUGCGUAAUGUUAAUGCCUCCGUUAGCCGGCCCGCCUGCACUAUGUGGUUCUGUGAUUACUGUAUCUCUUAAUGUAUUGAUGGCUGCCUUUAUUAUUAUUUGUAAACUGAAACCUCUUCCGAUUACUUACAUUUUUACAUACACGCAUCUGAUGGAGCUUUGCUUUUACCUCUCAUUUGGGUCUUUGUUGUUUGUUGGUUGGCGUGCAGUCGGACAUUGUGCACUGACACUGCCUGACACUCUCAUGGUACAGUCGAAUAAUUGCCGUUUUUUUUUUUUUUUUCUUUUUUUUUAUAUCUGUGUGCUUUAAAUGGACCAUCCCACCCUGAACAUGAUGAGGAAAAUCGAGAAAACAAAUGUAGACAUUCCCCAAUGUCCUCAUCACGCAAAUAUUCCAUUUCACACAAAUCGCCUUGUAAGCAUUUCUUAAGAUAUAUCUUGUGUGUGUGUGUGUGUGCGUGUGCGUGCACGUGAGUGUGCGGAGGGGUGUGGCGUGGAUGAAUUACUGUUGUGUUCCCACUGAGGCUGGACCUCUUUUAUUUAUUUGAUCUUUUAAGAAUUAUUUUCAGUAAUUGUUGCUGAUUUUUGGUUUAUUUUUUCAAAUUGUUUGCAGUUUGUACGACAACAUAGAAGUUGCGGUAUGAUGGGCUGUGUUAGAUGCACUGAAUCAUGUAGUCACAUGUAGUUAUAUAGAGGUUGUUUGGUUCCGAUCUGUGUUCAAACCCGGCAACUGUUUCAUUUCAUGCAGAUGGGAUGUCUGAUGAAAUGGACUGGGACCAGUUUAGGAUGGGUGUGCGUUAAUCUGCACAGCAGACGCAUCUGAGGACGCCAUUUUGUGUGACAACCGCAGAAGGAGCAAGAGAGCGUAAUAAAUGUUGUCUGUCCACGUGUUUCAUUGAGCUCCUCCUUUCAAACAAAGUGAUAAUCAAUGGUGCUGACCUUUAGAGAGAGGGAGAGUCUCUUGUGCGCUUUCUGGAAACAAUUUGAAGAACAUGUGACCACAGUCAUCCCUUCCAACUGGAACGCAAAAACACAUUUUUGUUUUGGGCUUUAAAACCCAUCACAAAGUCGGAGGUACAUGCUCGACUAUGAUGUGUUUGAUCUGUGCAAUUGGAGACAUAAUACCACCUGCUAAACCAUCAGUAGUCUUGGUUCUGGUGCAGUGUGGCAAAGCUGAAGCACGUUUUUACCUCUUAACCAAAUGCUAAGGAGGUGCCCAAUGAUGCUCCGAGACAUUUGCGACAUUUACAUAAAGCAUCAACAGUUUUUUCAUGCGUGUUUGAGUGAAAUGGCUAAAAACCUCCAGAGGCGCAACCACACUCUAGAUAAAGAAAAGUUUUUGGAGAGUUUUCGUUUUCUGCACUGAUGAUUUAAUGGAGCCGAGUAGUGAGCAACUGAGCAGGUUCCUUUAUUGAUGUUCUUGUGAUACACUGUAUAUGUUUUACUUUAUCAUUGCUUUAAAUUAAAAGCUCAAUAGACAUAUAGAAACAGUGGUUAAGGUAACGAGCGUCACAUGAAGAGUUGACAUUGAAGUGAUAUGAUUGGUUGUUUUAAGUCACCAGUGAGCUUUGUCGAUGAAGAACAAGCAGCCGCAUAUUCAACAAAAUAUUUUGUUCUGCCAUGAAGACGAGAACUUUAAAUCAGUCGCACUCUCAUGCUAUAAUCUAAAACAGGAAAUUGACUGUUUUUGGGUAAAAUAUAUAAAUAUAUAUAUACACACACACACACAUGAAUGUGUAUGUAUAUAUAUAUAUACAUGUAAAUGCAUAUGUGUAUGAAUGUAUAUGUAUAUAUAAGUAUAUAUGUGUAUAUAUGUGUACAUAUGUAUAUGUAUUUAUAUGUAAAUGUGUAUAUAUGUAUGUAUGUAUAUUCAUAUAUAUGUGUGUAUAUAUAUAUAUAUAUACGUAUAUAUGUGUGUAUAUAUCUAUACUGUAUGUAUAUGUGUAUAUAUAUGUGUGUGUAUGUGUAUAUGUAUGUAUUUAUGUAUGUCUAUAUGUGUGUAUAUUUAUAUAUAUAUACACAUAUACACACACACAUAUAUAUAUAUACCGUGCUGCUCACAGUAUCAUAACCUCACCUGUUCUAAUCCAUUCAAUGCCAGUUUGAAUGAAGGAACCAAUUCGUGGGUGUCUGACAAAACUGGCAGCCUUAAAAGCUUCUUAAUUUAUUGCAGUGGUUUUCACACAACUUUUUAAUUUCUUUUUUUUUUUUUUUUUUUACAAGCGGUUAUUUAAAUUGAAAUAAGUGCAUAUCAAGAAAAAAAUCAUUGUAAAUAUUGUCGUGUGUAGUGUUUUAGAAAAUCUACAAGGUCUUGAAUUUACUACAGAUGGUAGCAUAAAGAACAAGGAUUUGGAGUGGGUUGGCUGGUACCAGGUGCCAUUUAAGUGCUAAAGUGAAGCUUACACAGCGACAUCAAUGUUUUUACAUCACUGCUUUACAGCACACCCUUGUUUCAAACACAAGAAAUGGAAUUAUUCCCCCCAAAAUUGGGAUUCCUCUCACAUUUGCUGCUGAUUCUGCAUGUAAGUGGCCUCCCUGCUCUUGAAAUGCUGGAGUCGAAAACUUAUAGACUUAUCAUGGCAGAGGUGGGCACCCGCCCUGAUCAAGGCCGGUGUCCUCCUAAGUUGUGUUUUACAGUCGGAGUGUAGAUGAGUGAGCUGCACUAAAAGGUAGCGGGGUGUUUGCCAUUACCACCAUGUGCUUUUAAUGCGAUGAUAAAUACUGGCACCUAAACUAACACAAUCUGCUCCAAAGUCUACACUGAUUUUCUUUUUGAGGAAUUUGAACCAAUGAAAAAUUAGGAACAGACCACUAAAUAUGGAAUAUAUUGUCCCGCAUUGUAUAGAGGGGCAUGCUCUAUGAAUUGGUCACUAAAAAAAACACAUGUCAAAACUUGAUGUCAGCCUUACGUGGAUCUGUUUGUGUAUUGACAUAUUUCUCUUUUGAUUAUUGAAAUUUGUAUGAUGGGGGUUUUCUUUUAUACCAUCAUUGUUAUUGUCAAAGUACACCAAUAAAAAGAAACUUGUAAAGA